AUGACUUCUGAGUCGACUCAAGAGCCAGGCAGCGGGUAUUCUCAUGCACCCUUUCUGCGGCUAGGCCCUUCCCUCCCCCAUGUCUUCUUUCUCUCUUCCCCCUCGCCCAUUCGCGCCUCUGUUUGCCCUUUUCCCCACCCAACCCUCUCUUCCCAAAACCCUCUGUCUCGCCAUCAGCGCACAGCCAGCCUUCCUCCUACUCCCCUCCCCUGCGUCGUUUCUCCUACCUCAUCUCUGCAGCUGGAAAAGGACCCGGGGCAAGGGCCUUCCUACGAUCCUCCUCUUCUGCACUGCUUCUCCUACCGCACGCUACAGCAGGCAGCGGGAUUUUUCAAUGCGUCCCUGCAGCUGGGCAAGGCAAGGGCCUUACUCUCCCCCUCUUUGCCUGCAGCCGGCCCGCCUCCUCUGCACCGCUUCUCCUACCGCGAGCUGCAGCAGGCAGCGGGGUACUUCAACGCGGCCCUGCAGCUGGACAAGGCAAGGCGGGUCGAGGGCCUUCCUCCAACCCGCCUCCUCUGCGGCGCUUCUCCUACCGCGAGCAACAGCAGGCAGCAGGCACACGGCCAGCCUUCCUCCGGCCCUCCUCCUCUGCGGCGCUUCUCCUACCGCGAGCUACAGCAGGCAGCGGGGUAUUUCAAUGCAUCCCUGCAGCUGGGCAAGGGCAGCUUCGGGACUGUUUUUCGCGGGCAGGUGGACGAGUGGUUGGGAGAGCUGCCACGUGGCAGCAAGAGAGAGGUAGCAGUGAAGGUGCUUCACACGGAAAGCGUCAAGGCCUUUGACGACUGCCUGGUGAGGGAGGGAGGGGACAGAAGGGGAGAGGAUGGGAGCAUGGGCUUGGGGAAAGGAGAGGUGUGGGUGGCGGUGAAAGUGCUUCACACGGAGCGCGUGAAGGCGUUUGACGACUGCCUGGUGCAGAUCCUCCUCAUGCUGGGAAUCCUUAAACCACCCAAACCUGCUGCGGCUGCUUCUCCUACUCAUCCCCACACGGACUGCAGUGCUGCGCUCCUCUCCCUCACACCCCCAUUUCUAUUCCUUUUCUCUCCAACACGCGUACCCAUUCCUCUCCCUCUCCCCCCACCACAGGCGGAGAUCCUAGUGCUGGGCGAUCUGAGACACCCCAACCUGGUGCAGCUGUUGGGGUACUGCAUGGAGGACAGCCGGGCGAUUCUGGUGUAUGAGCUGCUGGAGCGAGGCGACCUGCACCACUGGCUGCACCCCAACAGUGAGUGA